GGACAGCUAAAGCUUUAGGGGCUCGGUGCUGUCAGCUGUAGGGUAGAGUGGGCCGGGCGUGGCUAGAGACCACGAGCCCCGCGAGGCGGGCUCCCUGUAGCCAUGGCCUGCUCCAUCGUCCAGUUCUGCUCCUUCCAGGACCUGCAGUCCGCGCGCGACUUCCUAUUCCCUCAGCUGAGGGAGGAGACCCCCGGCGCCCUGAGGAGGGACCCGAGUAAAACAUCAACCUGGGAAGAUGAUAGUUGGGGAGCCUGGGAAGAAACAGAGCCCCAAGAACCUGAAGAAGAAGGAAAUACUUCUAAAACACAAAAAAAUUCCUGGCUUCAAGAAUGUGUUUUAUCCUUAUCUCCAACCAGUGACCUUAUGAUUAUAGCUCGGGAGCAGAAGGCCGCGUUCCUAGUGCCAAAAUGGAAGCACAGUGAUAAAGGGAAGGAAGAAAUGCAGUUUGCUGUUGGUUGGAGUGGCUCCGUAAGUGCGGAGGAAGGGGAGUAUGUAACCAGUGCUCUGUGCAUCCCACUGGCAAGUCAGAAGAGGAGUUCCACUGGGCGCCCUGACUGGACCUGCAUUGUGGUGGGCUUUACAUCUGGUUAUGUGCGGUUCUACACUGAGAGUGGAGUGCUUUUGCUUGCACAACUUUUGAAUGAGGACAAAGUGCUUCAGCUUAAAUGCAGGACCUAUGAAAUCCCAAGACACCCUGGAGUGACUGAGCAGAAUGAAGAGCUGAGCAUCUUGUAUCCUGCUGCCAUUGUGACUAUUGAUGGAUUUAGUCUCUUUCAGUCUCUCCGAGCUUGUCGAAACCAGGUGGCAAAAGCUGCAGCAUCAGGCAAUGAGAACAUACAACCACCACCGUUAGCUUAUAAGAAAUGGGGUCUUCAAGAUAUUGACACCAUUAUCGAUCAUGCUAGUAUUGGUAUUAUGACUCUGUCGCCGUUUGAUCAAAUGAAGACUGCUUCCAAUAUAGGUGGAUUUAAUGCGGCAAUUAAAAACAGCCCGCCUGCCAUGUCUCAAUACAUCACUGUGGGCUCCAGUCCAUUCACUGGCUUCUUCUAUGCUCUAGAGGGAAGCACUCAGCCUCUGUUGUCUCACGUUGCGCUCGCUGUUGCAAGUAAGCUGACUUCCGCCCUCUUCAGUGCCGCCAGUGGUUGGCUUGGUUGGAAAAGCAAGCACGAAGAAGAAACUGUCCAGAAACAGAAGCCCAAGAUGGAGCCAGCCACCCCACUAGCUGUGAGAUUUGGACUUCCGGAUUCUAGACGCCAUGGAGAAAGCAUAUGCCUGUCUCCUUGUAACACCCUGGCAGCAGUCACAGAUGAUUUUGGCAGAGUUAUCUUGUUGGACGUAGCCCGAGGAAUUGCAAUUCGGAUGUGGAAAGGGUAUCGGGAUGCACAGGUCGGAUGGAUUCAAAUUGUGGAGGACCUCCAUGAACGAGUACCAGAAAAGGGGGAUUUCUCCCCCUUUGGAAGUACUCAAGGGCCCAGUCGAGUAGCCCAGUUCCUUGUGAUCUAUGCACCACGAAGGGGGAUUUUGGAAGUGUGGAACACGCAGCAAGGACCUCGAGUGGGAGCUUUCAACGUGGGUAAACACUGCAGGCUGCUGUAUCCUGGCUACAAAAUCAUGGGCUUAAACAACGUGACAAGUCAGAGUUGGCAGCCUCAGACUUACCAGAUCUGUCUUGUUGAUCCGGUGUCUGCAAGUGUGAAAGCGGUGAACGUACCUUUCCAUUUAGCGCUGAGUGAUAAGAAGAGUGAAAGAGCCAAGGACCUGCACUUAGUGAAGAAACUGGCAGCCCUGCUGAGAGCAAAGUCCCCCAGGCUGGACUCAUUUGAAACGGAAAUACAGGAGUUGAUUCUUGAUAUUAAGUACCCUGCAACCAAGAAACAAGCUCUGGAAAGCAUUUUGGCCAGUGACCGUCUAUCAUUUUCCUGCCUUAGAAAUGUUACUCAGACUUUAAUGGACACUUUAAAAAACCAAGAGCUUGAGUCUGUUGAUGAAGGACUGCUACAGUUUUGUGCCAGUAAAUUGAAAUUACUACAUCUUUAUGAAUCUGUCAGUCAAUUAAAUACUCUUGAUUUUCACUCAGAUACACCAUUCUCUGAUAAUGACCUGGCUGUGUUGCUGAGGUUGGAUGACAAGGAGCUCCUGAAGCUCCGGACCUUACUAGAGAAAUACAGGCAGGAGAACACCAAAGCCACUGUCCGGUUUUCUGAGGAUGCAGACGGAGUGCUGCCUGUAAAGACCUUCCUCGAAUAUCUAGAAUAUGAGAAGGAUGCACUGAGCAUAAGGAAGAUCGGAGAAGAGGAGUAUGUGGCUCUAGGCAGUUUCUUUUUUUGGAAGUGUUUGCAUGGAGAAAGCUCCACUGAAGAUAUGUGUCACACUCUGGAGUCUGCUGGACUUAGCCCUCAGCAGUUACUGUCUCUGCUCCUAAGUGUUUGGCUUUCAAAGGAAAAAGAUAUUUUGGACAAACCACAGUCUGUCUGCUGUCUUCAUACCAUGCUAUCUCUACUGAGCAAGAUGAAAGUGGCCAUCGAUGAGACAUGGGAUUCUCAGUCUGUGUCCCCUUGGUGGCAGCAAAUGCGCAUGGCCUGCAUUCAGUCAGAGAACAAUGGAGCUGCCCUGUUGUCUGCACACGUUGGGCAUUCCGUUGCUGCACAGAUGUCCAGCAGUGCUACAGAUAAGAAAUUUUCCCAGAUGGCUUUGGAUGCUGAUGCAGAAGCCCUCACGGACUCCUGGGAAGCCCUUUCUCUGGACACCGAGUACUGGAAGCUCCUGCUGAGACAGCUGGAGGACUGCCUCAUACUCCAGACUCUGCUGCAUAGCAAAGCAAGCCCUCCAGCUGCCAAAGCAUCAUCUCCACAGACAGAGCCACUUCCAAGGCUUUCUGUUAAGAAACUGUUAGAAGGGGGAAAAGGUGGUAUUGCAGACAGUGUAGCCAAGUGGAUAUUUAAACAGGACCUCAGCCCUGAACUGUUGAAAUGUGCCAACAAAGAAAGAGAUGUAGAAAAUCCAGACGAACCCAGAGAAGGUAUUGCCCGAAGUCUCCCUGAGGUGUCAGAGGUGGAGAUAGACCUAGGAGCCGUACCAGACUUACUCCACCUCGCCUAUGAGCAGUUCCCUUGUAGCCUUGAGCUUGACGUACUGCAUGCACAUUGCUGCUGGGAGUAUGUGGUUCAGUGGAACAAAGACCCAGAGGAAGCUCGAUUUUUGGCUAGAUCCAUAGAACACUUGAAGCACAUUCUUAAUCCACAUGUUCAAAAUGGUAUCGCGUUGAUGAUGUGGAAUACGUUCUUGGUGAAAAGGUUUUCUGCUGCUACCUACUUAAUGGAUAAGGUUGGGAAAUCUCCAAAGGAUAGGUUGUGCCGAAGGGAUGUAGGGAUGAGCGACACGGCACUGACAUCCUUCCUCGGCUCCUGCCUGGACCUUCUUCAGACGUCACUGGAGGCUGACAUUAGCAGGGAUGAAAUCCAGGUGCCAGUCCUGGACACUGAGGAUGCCUGGCUGUCCGUGGAAGGUCCCAUCUCUAUUGUGGAGCUGGCGCUGGAGCAGAGGCCUAUCCACUACCCACUGGUGGAGCACCAUUCCAUCCUGUGCUCCAUCCUGUAUGCAUCCAUGUGCUUUUCUCUGAAGAGUGUGAAGCCACUUGCCCUUUUUGACAGCAAGGGAAAGAAUGCAUUUUUUAAGGAUUUAACUUCAAUCCAGUUAUUACCAAGUGGGGAAAUGGAUCCAAACUUUAUUUCAGUAAGACAACAGUUCUUACUGAAAGUUGUCAGUGCAGCUGUCCAGGCUCAGCAUUCCAAGGACAAAGAUCCCUCUGCAGAAGCAGCAAACCCUCAUUGGAAAGUUCUCAACUGGCCAGCUCUGGCUGUGGACUUAGCCCAUCACCUUCAAGUGAGCGAAGAUGUCGUUCGAAGGCACUAUGUGGGAGAGCUGUACAACCAUGGAGCUGACCUCUUAGGAGAGGAGGCCAUUUUUCAAGUUCAGGACAAAGAAGUUCUAGCAUCUCAGCUGCUAGUGCUGACAGGGCAAAGGCUGGCUCACGCACUUUUCCACACCCAGACGAAGGAAGGCAUGGAGCUGCUGGCCAGACUCCCGCCCACACUCUGCACCUGGCUGAAGGCAAUGAACCCCCAGGAUCUUCAGAACACUGGCGUGCCUAUUGCAGCAACAGCUAAACUAGUCCAUAAAGUGAUGGAGCUCCUGCCAGAGCAGCACGGGCAGUACACCCUCGCCUUACACCUCAUCGAUGCCGUGGAAGCCAUGGCUACUUUAUGACGGUAGCUGCAGGCCUGUGACUACAUGAACCACUGCAUGUUAUUUUAUUUUACACAGUAAGAUUUGGAACUUUGGAAGAUUUUUUUUUUGUAUAAUAAAUAAAUAUAUUACUUUAAAAAGUGCAAUCCUGGCUAAAAUUCCACAUCUUCAGCAAAGACUGGAGAUAAAUUAUAAACACUAACUACCCUGUGACUGAUGCAGAUGCUUUAUUCUUUAUUUUUUCAUUCAAAUAAGCAGCUUUAUUGUUAAACUUUGAUAUUGUUACUGGUUAUAAUUUGUGGAUUUUGUUCUUACUGUAGUAGUCUAGUUCAUAUCCAAAUGACUCCUGUGGGGAUAAAGUGUGUUCACACUGCUUCCGUGAGCGCACUAGAGAUACAGCCCAUGUCCCUUUAAAACAUGCAGAGAUGUCCUCAUGGUUGGUCAUGUACCAGGCUGUCACCUGACAGGGAGCUCUGGGUGCUGACGGCUUCCUGUCCAGGGCGCUGCUGUUGUCAGAGGAGAACUGGCUCGAGAUGAGCAGAGGAACCUAGGGAAGACCCUCAAGUCUGCUCCGCUUGCCAGGCUUAGGAAUCAGAGAUGUGAACAAAGAAAGCAGCAAGAUCAAUUAUUAUGUAAAUUAAGAUUUACUCUAUUUUGUCAAGUUCCAAAAUUGUAUCCACAUCAGGUAAUGUAAAAAAUGUAUUAUCUUGUAAUACAUGUUAAAAAAAAAAAAAAAAAAAAAAAAAAGCAAAGAAACUAAAAUAUUUAAAAUCCAGCUUUAUUUUUCUUUCAAGUGUUCAAAAAUGUCUGUUUCUGGGACUUGGUCAUGUUGUCCUGCUCCCAGGACAGGCACUUUGCUGUCACAGCCUUAGCAAACCUACCUCAGCUGGGUGGAGAGGAUGAGCCUAGGCUAGUUUUGUACCCCGUAGUGCCUCAAGCAGUCCAAGUGCUGACAAGUGUGAGGAAACCCACCUAGUCUGCCUGUCAGCAGUGCACUGUGCUCUGCAGGUCAGCAAGUCCGUGUAUAGUGCAGUUAUUGCUGUCUGCCGUGGUCAUGGUUGUUCACAGUACUCAUUCAAAUCAAGGGAAGAAGCCAACUCCAUUAGAAGGUUGAGAAUACUCUUCAGGGACUCCACAAUAAAGUGACACCCAGGCACAUAACAAAUAUGAAUUCUUUUUCAUUAAAAAGUUAGAUCUAAAUAAGACUGUGACUGGCUAAAACUAACUCUGCUAAGUGUCAGAUUUCAAAUCUUCAGAGAGAAAUGUUUCAGAUGCUGCUCAGGUGGCUGUAAGGUGCACCCGGUCCUUGAUGGAAUCCCUGCAGUCACAGCUUCAUUGACAUACAUACCAUCCUUGACACAGUUCUGAGGAGGUCUACUCGCCCCAGGACCUUCUGCAGUACUCUGGAAGGUGCAGGAUAUGGGCAGCUUGCCAGGAAAGCCCCGUGCUGCAGGCACUGCUAAUUGUUAAUCAUGGUCUUUUUUUCUCUAGUCCCAUUACGUCUUUUUUGGGGGCGGGGGCUUGUAUUUUUUUUAGACGAAAAACUGGCUAAAUUUACUCUGGUAGGUCACAUAAGAGAACCAGAACACAGAUUAUUAAGUCUUUAGUUAGAUUUAUCAUCCAAAAAGUUUAUAUAAUGCAUAGAAUUUUAAAACUAAAUUCUGAGUUUGUUUAACAAAAGCAGUAACAUAGUCUACUACUUCACUAAGGGCUUUUAAAAUAAUUCUGAUAAAAAAGGGAAAUUAACAUUUAUGUAUCCAUUCUCUAACAACAAAGUGUCACAAAUAAAAGGAAUUAGGUUCUAACACAGUGUCCUGCAACAAGGGUGUGCACAUGCCUGUAACCACAAGGGCGUGGCACGUGCCUGUAACCCUAGUAUUUCCCUAGACACUCGCCCUCUCUUCUUACGAUUGCAUAUUUUUACCCUAUUAAUGAAGGUGUUUAAUCCUAACUUCUUUUUUCCAGGUUGUAUUAGAUGUAGAAGUGGAGGGGCCAGGAUAAAUGUAGAUUCAGCAGUUCAGAGCACCAAGCUUCCCAAUGCUUCACACUUCUGCAAAGAUUUACCUUUGUUAGAAAAGUUCAUCUAAGGCCAGUGUAACACCUGCUACAGUUAAAUAGCUUCUUAAAAGAUGAUUACUUGUGAUUUAAAAUCAUGGAAAACUAAGAUUAGUAACAAUAAGCUUACACUGAUUAUAGCAUUCACUUAGAAGUUGCUAUAAUCCAUUUCAUUAAGAAACAGUAUCUUACAGUGCACAAUAGCAACAGAGAAAUUCUGCUUAGUAGAUUAGACAUCCUUGGAAGAUCAAUCCAGUAUGGAUUGUUUGAAAAAUGCUCUAUUACUUAUCUGCUGUCAAUGUAUUGUGAGUAGUAAAUUCUGUAUAUACUGUUAUUUUCUGUCUGUUCAUUAUUGUGAACUUAUGUAUAUCAGUGAAAUAAAUUAACACUUCACGCUA